CUACAAUCGACGUGCCCCGGUCUUUUCUGCCACUUCAGAAAGCUCUCAACGCAAAGUUACUGAAGCAAUGGAGCAAUACGAGAAGCUGGAAAAGAUUGGCGAAGGGACCUAUGGAAAGGUAUACAAAGCCAGGGAGAGGAACACAGGCAGACUGGUGGCAUUGAAGAAAACGCGGCUAGAAAUGGAGGAAGAAGGCGUGCCUUCUACAGCCUUGCGCGAGGUGUCGCUGCUUCAAAUGCUGAGCGAGAGCAAUCACGUGGUGAAGCUCUUGUGUGUUCAGCACGUGGAAGAGCACAAAAAGCCAGUUCUCUACCUGGUGUUCGAAUUUCUGAGCACAGACUUGAAAAAGUACAUGGAGCGAACAGGGAAAGGCCCAGAAAACCCUCUACCCCCAGCUCUCGUCAAGAGCUUCAUGUACCAGUUGAUCAAGGGCGUGGCACACUGCCAUAAGCAUGGUGUCAUGCACCGGGAUCUGAAGCCACAAAACCUGCUGGUGGACGACAGCCAGGACUGCCUCAAGAUUGCAGACCUGGGACUUGGCCGCGCCUUCAGUGUACCCAUCAAGAGCUACACACAUGAGAUUGUGACGCUGUGGUACAGAGCGCCAGAGGUGCUGCUCGGCACGACGCACUACUCGCCCGCAGUGGACAUGUGGAGCGUGGCCUGCAUCUUCGCCGAGCUCGUGCGCAAGGUGCCGCUGUUCCCUGGUGACAGCGAGCUGCAGCAGCUGCUACACAUCUUCAAGCUGCUGGGGACGCCGACGGAGGCGGAGUGGGCGGGCGUGUCCAAGCUGCGCGACUGGCACGAGUUCCCCAACUGGAAGAAGCAGGACCUGUCCAAGCACUUCCCCACGCUCGGCGCUGACGGCAUUGACCUCAUGGAGCUCAUGUUCGCCUACACCCCCUCCCAGCGCAUCACGGCAAGGGAUGCGCUGGAGCACCCUUACUUCGAUGACCUGGACAAGGCGGAGGUGGACAAGCUUGAGAAUGAGGCCAUCCGUGUGCAUGAGGGGUGACGACCGCGAAGACUCUUUGUGCUGUUGAUGUUCUCUCAAGAGAGAUCUGAUCAAGACCUCAAGCAAUGGCAUUUCAUGUUUUUGAUUUCGCAUUCUGCCUCCCAUGAGAAUUCUUCAAACAGAGUUCGAACUGAUGGUCCUGUCUAUGACUCAAUGGGACAGGACAUGAUGUGAAGGUUGCCCUGCCCCGCAAACGUCUCUUUUUGCAGCAUCAGAGAUUUGUCAUGGUAUUGAAGGUGUCUUCUGGACGACUGAAGCAGCACUCACCAGAUCUGCUAGACUUUCUCUUGUGAAUUGCAAACAAGCAGCUACAAGCGC